AUGAAUAGUAGAAGUAACAUGAAUAGUAGAAGAAGAAACAGAAGUAGUAGAAGCAACAUGAAUAGUAGAAGAAACAGAAGUAGAAGAAAUAGAAGUAGUAGAAGUAACAUGAAUAGUAGAAGAAACAGAAGAAGUAGAAGAAGAAACAGAAGAAGUAGAAGUAACAUGAAUAGUAGAAGAAAUAGAAGUAGUAGAAGUAACAUGAAUAGUAGAAGAAACAGAAGAAUUGGCUACCACGAGGCUAUGUACACGGGAAACUGGCUUGACGUCGACCCCGAGAGACAUAUGCUGGUCGUGCGGGGCUUAAUUGAUCGGGUGGCGAGGCUCAGUGACUUGGGUUGA